ACGCAUGCGUGAAGUUACCACACAUGUCAGUAUUUCCGGUUUAUUGGCAACAGUCAGAAAGUUCAUACUAGGCCUACGUUAGGUUUGUUUCAAGAAAACUCCGAGAAUUAUGUGCCAAAAUUGAAAUACUUUUUUAAUCUCAACGCUUCAUUCUACGGAUUGGGGUAGUAAAGGGUAUGAUUAAACGAUGAUAAACAUUGAGUGCUGAGGGUGCACCUCCGACUCUGCAUUUAUCUCCACCCUUCCUUGUCCGGACAAUGCCAGUCUCUCCAGUAGCAAUGGAUAACAACACGCUCAGUGAUCUAGUCAAUGAGAAUCUAAUGAGAGCUAAGGAAUAUCACUGUAAUUCUGGCGAUCUGAUGGGAGGACUUGGGCUUGUGGUACAGGCAGCAUUGGCAUUUUUAGCGUUUACAUCACUUAUAGUGAAGAGGUAUUGUGAGCCAAUAUAUGAAAGAAGACCAUGGAAGAUAUGGUUCUAUGACACAUCUAAACAAGGCUUUGGUGCAGCUGUCAUUCAUUUUGCCAAUGUAUUCCUAGCAGACAUGUUUCAAGGAGACCCUUGCACAUGGUAUUUUGUCAGCUUUAUUCUGGAUUCUACUAUUGGUCUGUUCGUUAUCUACAUCGGACUUAAGCUCACACAAGUGGUGGUUCGCAAGCUCAAGUGGGACUCCCUAAAGUUCGGAGAAUAUGGAAAUCCCCCAGCAUGCAGUAGCUGGGUGGGGCAGUCUGCCCUGUAUAUCUUGGUGAUGAUUCUGGAAAAAAUACUGAUGACCCUGCUGAUUCAGUUUGAUUUCUGGAAAAAGGUGAGAACGUUCCUCAUGUCCCCGUUUAAGGACCCCAAAGUGGAGCUAGUCAUUGUCAUGUUCAUAGUACCAUUAGUAGUCAAUGCUUUCAUAUUUUGGGUGGUAGACAACUUUCUAAAGAGGAAAGUCAAAGGCACAAAAACCAUCUAUGUCAGUGAUGUAGACACGAGUGUGAAAUACAGUAAAAACAGGGACGAGGCCAGGUGCUACAACAGAAUCGAGAAAUCCGACGACGACUUUUUUGAUUCCGAUUUAAUAGCUUCCACAGAUGAUGAGCCAGAUCUGCGUUUCCGCAGUACAGAAGGAACAGAAAAGUUACUGGCAUGAUUCUGAUUCUAUACACUUGGAGGGCAAACAAUCAUAUGGUUCUGAUAGCAGAUAGUGCUAGUUAGUGGUAUUUGAUUUAUGUGGAGUGCUGUAGUCCCUUUUUGUCUUUUUCUUUCAGUAUAACUCAAAAAGGUUUCAAUGUGAUUAAGAAGUAUUAUUUGAAUUUGUUAAAGUACCGAUAUUACCUGUUUUGUAUCUUUAUUGAUAGAGGUACGCUUUUCUCUCUUUUGAAUUAUGGUUUGGUGUAAUUCUUUGUUUUAUUGACUGGGAAGAUUAUUUAGUAUUCUAUUUUUAGAAUACAGUCUUCUAGAUACUACAGCAUAGUUCCCAGAAGUCCCAAGCCAAGCUUUCACUAAAUACCUCAAUGUCCAGUGUUCAUAACCCCUAUUUAAUCUUCCUAGAUGAUAGCUUCCCAUUUCAGCACAAGUUUUGUGUGUUGUGAAGUGCUGCAUUCUGCCAAAACAGUUCACGAUUUGAUGGUGUCAUAUUAUGCUUGCCGGUGGCGAUUCUUGGGUAGUUUUAGACGAGAUGAAUUUGCUGUACAUACGCAUUGAAGUGACUGUAAUGAGGGUGAAUGAUGAACACCUAACAGGAAUUAUUUAUUUGUGCCAUUUGUUAUGUCUCUGGCGGGAAGCACUGGUUGUUCUAUGUAGAGAGGUAGGGCUACAGUGUUUACAAUGAUAAUUACGAUAAAUCACAUUGUAAUUAAGAUGUAUUAAUUAUAAUUAAAUGCUAAUAUGUCCUACAAUAAACAUACCAGUAAGGGGAUACCGAAGUUAUUUCAUUAUAUAUAUGAAAUACAAAGUUUAUUGUAACAUUUCCUCACACAUGACAUUUACAAUUUGAGAAUCAAAUUUUCACUUUUACAUGAGAACUGGUGGUCUUCGAUCUGUUUUGUUUCUGUAUUUGUAUUCAUUAAUAGCUUUCUAUGCUUGAGAUUGUGCCACACUUGGUAGCUUGAAAUUACUAGUCCUAUACAUUGUACAUGUAGUUCCAUUUUUGUUGACUUUUCUGAUCUGUUAAUGAGACACUUCGCACAUACCUCAGUAUGACAUUUUGUCAUGGUUGUUGCAUGUUUGUACUUGCGGUUGUAAGUUGAGGCUAGGUAUAGGAAAUCAAUUCAAAUGAGAAUCUUAAAAAAAAUACAGCACCAAUGAUCUUGAAUUUAAAGUCAAUUAUUCAUACUCGACUGUUUUGAUGUGAAACGGUGUUCACACGAAUGCCAAAUGAUUUCAGUGCACUACAUCAAGUCAUACGAUGACAUCACAAGGACUGCAAAUAUCAAAUUUACCCUAAAUAAAACUAGUGGAAAGGCAUGUCAUAAAUGAUAAGAAUCUUUCAAUAAUUGUGGAAUUGAAUAUUCAUUAAUUAUAACUGUCCAAAUCCCAUGAAUAACCGUGUUCGAUCGUUAUUAGCCAAGUUGCAACGAAGUUGAACUUGGCUAUUGGCUAUUGAUUUGGUAAUGCGGGUUGUCGGGCGGUUGGGCGUCAACAAUUGGUUUUCGGAUGAUAACUCGAAAAGUUUACAAUCUAAUCAAAUGAAACUUUGAUAUAUUGUUGGGUACCAGGUAAGGAAGAUCCCUAUUAAUUUUGGAGAGAAAUGGUCAAAGGUCAAGGUCACUGACCGAAAAUAGAAUGAAAAAUUUGGUUUCCUGAUGAUAUAACUCAGAAAGUUUAAAUCCGAAUCAAAUGAAACUUUGAUAUGUUGUUGGGUACCAGGUAAGGAAGACCCCUAUUGAUUUUGGAGAAAAUAGGUCAAAGGUCAAGGUCACUGACCGAAAAUAAAUUUAAAAUUCCAAAAAAAUUUAGUUUCAGGAGGAUAACUCAAAAUUUUUAAUUUGAAUCAAAUGAAACUUGGAUAUAUUAUUGGAUAUAUAGCAGCAAAGCAAGGCCCCUAUUGAUUUUGGAGAAAAAAGGUCAAGGUUAUAGUGACUGAAAAUAGAUUGAAAACUCAGACAAAUAUGGUUUCUGGACAGUAACUCGAAAAGUUUAAAACUGAAAUUAGUUCUUCACAAUUAUAAAUAUGCCACAUCAUUCCUGACUUUACAAUGUAUCCCAUGCAACUCGGCUCAUGCACCCCUGGGUGCAUAUAUUGAUUUUUUUAAGUUAAUGAUACCAGUCAUUACAAUUUGUCAAAGUUGCACUGAAAUUUAGGAAUCAUUAUUUAAGCAAUGAACUAAAGACAUUUGUCCAGCAAUAUUGUGUAGACCAUUUGGCUUAUUAUCAUACUAUAUUUUUUUUUCUAUUUAGUGUAUGCCUGUGAGUCAAAGCCAUUUUUGGUUGACAUUGAUGGUUUUUCUCCUGAGAAAGCAAGCAAUGUAUGAUCUCGUAUCAUAAUGUCAAAGCUAUUUCAGUGAAUGUUACAUACACCCCAUACUUGAAUGGAUAUGCUCAAACCUGUACCAAGGUAGUUCUGCAUAUUGUGCAUUUUGAUUAUCUCAUUUGCGUAGAAAUGCUGCCAGCCUUAAUAAACAUGUGUACUUAACUAAAGACGAGAGUGAUGUUUUCUGAUUAUCAUUUUUUUUACUUCUCCAAAACAACUCCAUUUAUAGUCCCCAGAAGGAGAAAGCAGAUGAGUGGGCUCUUUUAGUGGUCCUGAAGAAAAGUUGUUCAUUUUGGAACAAUCUAAAUUCUGAUGAUCCAUGACAAAAUCUUUGGAAUGUUUGUGUGUUGAAUCAUUACACUUUGCGCAGACCUUCUGAAGGUGUGCCCCGGUAUUAGAAGUUAUCAUAGAUCCAGUAUUGUCACUGUGGCUUGUGAGUGGUUGUCACUGUGGCUUGUGAGUGGUUGUCACUGUGACUUGUGAGUGGUUGUCACUGUGGCUUGUGAGUGGUUGUGACUUGUGAGUGGUUGUCACUGUGACUUGUGAGUGGUUGUCACUGUGACUUGUGAGUGGUUGUCACUGUGACUUGUGAGUGGUUGUCACUGGCUUGUGAGUGGUUGAGCUAUCUUGAAUUAUCUUUCUAGUAUGACUACACAUUUAAGUCGCGCGUCUUAGUACAAUGUACCAUCAUUCUCCUGUAAGUGCUUUUACUGUAAACAUCCGAUUAGCGCCUUUGGAAAGUGUCUUCCACUCAAUCAAGUACAUCACCAAAAUGCUUGCUAUUGUUUACAGACAUAUAUUUCAGAUUUACUAUACAAGACACCCAUUUUGAAAUGAGCUGACACAUUUACCUUCAUUUUAUUAAAUGAUGAAUGUGAUAUAGUAGAAAUAUGUAUGUUUAUUUAUUUAUUAAUUGAUAAUAAUACGUGUUCCAGAAUAGGUUUUGUUGUACAAGGACAGGACUGCAAAUACACGUGUAUGUAUAUAACCUGUAAUCUGGUCUCAAUUUGACACAAUUGUUCUGCCAUGAGCUUUCAGACACGCCCAUUCUAAAUGUUGCAUCAGGAUAUUAUAAUCUGUCAUAGAGGAUGGGAGUAAUUUCAGACAGAGCUGAGAUUUCUCAUUACUAUGAAGUUGUCAUCUGUAGAUUUAAAGAUGUAAAAUCUCUUUGUCAUUGAUUUCCAGUUCAUGUUAUUUUCAAUCAAGCUCCACAUACUAAUUUAGACACCAACGGUCCCCAAGCUUAAGUUUGUUACUACAUGUAUUUGUUGAUUGGCUACAAGCAUGUUUCUAUUUAGUCAGAGAAUUCUCUGAAAUGGUCAUCCAUAUCUUUAUAAGCAUUGAAGAAUUAAAAAAUAUAAAUGUUCUGUGUUUGGAAACCAUUGGUAAAAUUAAUUUGGUUCCUUUGAAUGCUAUGUACUCCUGCAGAAAACAUUUGUUUAUGUAAAAGUUGUAUUUUGUUGGUCCAUGUAAUUCAUUUAGUAUUACCAGUUUGUACCCAAUCUUAUCUUUUGAAUCAUAUGCUUUAUCUUCUAUUUUACCAACUUCUUUUCUGAUGUAUGUCAAAUUUUGUGUUUUUAUUUAUUUCAUGUAUGAACUUAACUCUUUGAAUUCCAUCCACUAUUACUUAAUUUUUCUAUUUUCAACUUUUAUUUGGGGGAGGGGGGUUUACAGUGAAUACAGAUGUUCAAUGUAUAUGUUGGCAUAGUAAUUUUAUCGUGAUAUAUCUUUCUGUUCUAAAUGAGUAUGCAUGUGUCUUUUACAUACUAUUUAGGAAUGAUUUUAGUGUCUGUUCUGAGAUAGAUAUUAAACCGAAUUUAUUACGCAUACUCAAGAUUCAAGCUUAACUACAAAGAAUUCUGAUUACAAGGUUUUAUUAAGACCCCACAAUAUACAACAGACUGCAUUUAACUCGAAAUUCCAUGUACGGCUACCUGUAUUCAGUAUAGCUGUUUAUACCAAAAUCCCCACAUGUUCAACCGAACGCCAUCUUCAUAUAAGUAAAACGAAAUAGCUAGGCAGUUAUUUCUUAUGUUUUACUGGUUUACUAUUUACGUAUAUAUAAGUUAUUGUGUAAGUUUAUACAUGUUAAUAUUAUUUAAAAGUGAGAAAUCCUGGAUGAUAAUUUAUUACAGGAAUGUUAAUACUGUGUACACUAGAGUAACAUCAAACUAACCAGUGUACAGCAUUAAAUGACAUACACACAUCUUCAUGGAUAAUGCUGCCAAGCUCAUAUAACUGUAUACAGUAAAACACGGUUACAAUGAACACGCUCAUAAUGAAUACACGUUUACAGUAAAAUACGACUACAGCGAACACACUUAUAAUGAAUACAUGUUUACAGUGAAGUGAUUUUCCUGUAGUUUUAAAACGUGUUAUAAUCUUAUUGGAUAUCAUGAAUUACGUUUAUAACCAUUCAAAAUUAUUUGUCCCCAGCACUUCGCUAUAAGCGUGUUUUACUGUAUGUACAGUUUGUUUCAUUGCACAACUGUUUAUUUUAGGUAGAUUCUAUUAUUGAGUUCAACAUGUUCGCAAUCAGACGUGUUCAAGUAGCGACUCCUUAAUUUAAUCCAUAUGUUGUGCUUUUUGAAUGCUGUCAAUAAAAUUGUUUUAAGUUUUAAA